AUGACCCGAGCCGAAGGCAGUCGCUUAACCGACCGAGCCACCCAGGCGCCCUGGAAGCGGGAUUUUAGAGGUGAAAAGGCCGUCAGUGACUUCGUCCAAGCCCCUUACAGAUGGCGCCACCUGCCUUGGACCACACAGCCCGUGAGGGCGGCCAGGUUUCCAAGGAGGGGGGAUCCCCGCGCCAGGCGCCGGCGCUUCUCGGGCGGCGAGCUGAUUCCCCCAGCGCAUCCCAAACCGUGUCAGCACCUUCACCUCCUCCGAACUGGCUCACCGUGCUCCCCUCCAUUCUCCGGGGAAGCAUCACCGCGCGGCGCGCUCCCUCCUUCACCCCCGCCCCCCGCCGCCUCCGUGACCCCGGGCCGCGACCGGGCUCCCGCCCCCUCCGCACAGACGGAGGCGCCCCCCCGUCUCCCUCGACCUCCGCAGGCUGCGCUCGCCCGUCCCCCCCCGUCGCCGCACGUCGGGAGUCAGUCGGAGGAUUCGCGCGACGGGGCCAGUGGCUGCCGCCCCGCGCGCGUCCGCGGCGACGGAAGACGUGACCCUACGGAGCCUCGCAAGCCCAGGGGCGUGUUUGUCCGUCAGGAGCCCGGCAGGGAAACAGAAGGCGCUCCAAACGCUCGGAACAGAACGUGCAGGAUCGGGAACCGGUCUCGCCCGAGCUGCAAGAGCAGGAGCGCGGGCCUGAGGCGUCCCCAACGCCCGCAGCGGCGGCGAGGCCUCGGGCAGCCCCUCUCACGUCCCCGGGCUCCGGCCAGCUCGCCCGCUGCGCCACCCACGGCCGGUCCGCCGGCGGAGGCGACGGCACAGCCCGCGCUGGGCGCCAAAGGAAGAGGAAGGAGAUGCGCGGACGCCCCUCCCCUGCCCCUCUGCCCUCCUCCGCACCUCCCCGCAACUUUCUCCCCGUCUUCUCCCCUCCCCCCUCCCUCCACUCCCCUUCCCCUCCUCUCCCUUCCCCUUCCCUUCCUCCUCCCCGUCUCUUCUCUCCCUCCCCCUCCCUUCCUCCUCCCCAACCUUCUCCCCAUCCCUUACCCCUCCACCCUUUCUCUCCCUUCCCUCCCCCCUCUCUCCCCCCUCCCCACCCCUCCUCUCCCUUCUGCUUCCUUCCCCUCCCCUCCCUUCUACUCCUCCCCUUCCCCUCCCCUUCCUUCUACCCCUCCCCUUCCCCCUUCUUCCCCUCACCUCCCACCACUGCCUCCCACUGGCUGAACCACAAUCCAGCUGACAGUGACUUCCAGGGGAGACCAGAGUAUAAAUCUGAAGAUCUCCUGAUACGGAAGAAGAUAACAAAGUUUGAUACCAUUCUAACUAAAAUUCAACUUGUAAUAAUUGACAGCUUUUCUGCCAUUUUAUUGUUUUACAUCAAGUUGCUAAUUGAUGCAACACACCUUAUAAAGGGUAACUUGCAAAAGGUCAUCCUGAAAACGAAUAACCUCUAUACCCAACGUGGGGCUUGAACUCACAACCCCAAGAUCAAGAGUCACAUGCUCCACUGACUGAGCCAGCCAGGCACCUUGACUCAUUGUGAAUUUAUUUUUUUUUUAAGAUUUUAUUUAUUUAUUUGAGAGAGAGAGAGAUUGAGAGAGAGCAUGAGAGGAGAGAGGGUCAGAGGGAGAAGCAGACUCCCCGCUGAGCAGGGAGCCAGAUGUGAGACUCCAUCGAGGGAUUCCAGGAUCAUGACCUGAGCCGAAGGCAGUCGCUUAACCAACUGAGCCACCCAGGUGCUCUCAUUGUGAAUUUAAUCUGCAUUCAUCUAAUGCAUUAUCUAGAUGUUGAAUAUCUCUUCAUGUGCUUAUUUGCUGUCUGUACAUCCUUUUUGAUGAAAUAUCUCCUUGUGUCUUUUGACUAUUUUCUAAUUGGAUUGUUUGGUUCUUAAUUGUUGAGUUUUAAUAGUUUGCAGAUACUUUUUCCCACUCUGUAGCUUGUCUUUUCAUCCUCUUUUUUUAAGAACUUUUUUUUAAAAGAUUUUAUUUAUUUAUUUGAUAGAGAGAGCGAGAGAGCACAAGCAGGGGGAACAGUAGAGGGAGAGGGAGAAGCAGGUUCCCCGCCAAGCAGGGAGUCCGAUGCGGGGCUCGAUCCCAGGACCCCUGGGAUCAUGACCUGAGCCGAAGGCAGACGCUUAACCAUCUGAGCCACCCAGGUGCCUCUCUUUUCAUCCUCUUAACAGAAUCUUUUACAAAGCAAAAGUUUUUAAUUCUGAUGAAGUCCAAUUUAUCAAUUCUUUCUUUUAUGGAUCAUGUUUUGGUGUCAAAUCUAAGAACUCAGGCCCUAAAUCAUGAGCAUUUUCUCCUAUGUUUUAUUCUAGAAGUUGUAUGUGUGGUUUUUUUUUUUUUUUAGAUUUAUUGAUUGAUUCAUUCAUUUAAGAGCAAGAGAGCAUAUACAGAGGGAGAGAAUCUUCAAGCAGACUCCCCACUGAGCUCAGAGCUGGACCCAUGAGAUCAUGACCUGAGCCAAAACCCAGUGUCAGACACUCAACUGACUGAGCCCUGGUGUCCCUAAAAGUUGUAUGGUUUUAUGUUUUACAUUUAAGUUCAUGAUACAUGUUGAGUUAAUUUUUGUAUAAAGUGUGAGAAUAGGUCAAAGGUUUUGUUUGUUUAUGAACGUCCAUUUGCUCCAGCACUAUUUAUUGAAAAUGCUCUUUCCUCCAUUGAAUUGCUUUUGCACUCUUGUCAAAAUUUAGUUGGGCAUAUUUGGGUGGAUCUUUUUUUUUUUUUUUUUUAAGAUUUUAUUUAUUUAUUUACUUGAGAGAGAGAGAGAAACAGCAUGAGAGGGGAUAGGGUCAGAGGGAGAAGCAGGCUCUUCGCCGAGCCGGGAACCCGAUGUGGGACUCGAUCCCAGGACUCCGGGAUCAUGACCUGAGCCCAAGGCAGUCGCUUAACCAACUGAGCCACCCAGGCGCCCUAUUUGGGUGGAUCUUUUCCCAGGUUCUCUGUUCAGUCCAUUAAUCUAUAUGUCUAUUUCUCCACCACUACCAUACAGCCUUGAUUACUGUAGCUGUAUAAGUCUCGAAAGCAGGAAAAGUGAUUGCUCUCACUUCACUUUUCCUUUUUUUUUUUAAGAUUUUAUUUAUUUAUUUUAUAUAGAGAGACACAGUGAGAGGGGGACCACAAGCAGGGGGAGUGGGAGAGGGAGCUGAGCAGGGAGCCCAAUGCGGGGCUUGAUCUUAGGACCCUGGGAUCAUGACCUAAACUGAAGGCAGACGCUUAACGACUGAGCCACCCAGGCGCCCCUUCACUUUUCCUUUUCAAAAUUGUUUUAGCUAUUCUAGUUCUGUUGCCUUUCCAUAUAAAUUUUAGAAUAAUUUUGUCUGUAACUGCAAAAAACUUGCUAGGAUUUUUACAGGAAUUGUGUUAAAAUGUAUAACAAUUUGAUGAAAAUUGACAUCUUGACUAUGUUGAAUUUUCUAAUACAUGAACAUGGUAUGUCUCUCCAUUUAUUUAAAAAACUUAAAAAAAAAAAACCUUUUUAAAACUUCUCUCAUCAGUGUUGUGUCAUUUUAAGCAUACAAGUCCUAUACAGGUUUUGUUAGAUUUAUACCUAAUUAUUUAAUUUUUUUGAUGAUUAUAAAUAGCAUAAAAUUCUA